CUGGACAUUGAAACAAAAAUUGGGUAAACUUUUUCUUUUCCUUUAAUCAUAUAUUUAUGGUUUCUAACUCUACAAGUUGCAACUUCGGUUAUACUUAUCUGUAUUCUUUGUUUGCCAUGAAUACUUUAUGGACACACGGCCAAUGCGCAAGAAGUAACAUCUGAGACGUCUCACAAAUAUUUUCAGCAUACAGUGUUCAGUCGUCUAUGCACAAACGGUUUUAACGCAAAUACUUUUCAUCCUACCAUGCAGAAAUAAGAAGGACUGAAUAACAAACAUUAAUAAUUUCUAAAAGCAAACUUAUCGGUCAGUUCGUUUAAAAUGAUACUUAGUAGAAGUAUCAGUCGCCCAGUAGUAAUUGGCCUACGAUUGAUUGGAAUUUGGCCAGGUUCAUCUUAUGAAAUUAUCGUCCGAUGCAUUUGGGUAGCUAACAUGAUGUCUGCGCAAGUAUUUCAGUAUCGGUAUAUAAUAAAGCAUAUUAGUUCUGGAAACUUGGCAGACAUAGUAGACAGUGUGAGCACUACUUUGCCGUAUAGUCUACUGUUCUUUAAAAUAAUUAGCUUCUGGAUUAAACGCGGAAUAUUUAAAAACAUAUUGAUAGGAAUGUCUCGCGAUUGGAUCGACACUUCUACUGCCAAACUUGACGUACAUGUCAUGGUAAACAAAGCUGAACUUGCAUAUCGUUGCUCAAACUUAAUUAUUAGCGUAUACGCUAGUGCCGUUUUUAUAUACGGCGGUAUGUUCCUGGAAUUCAGUCGUCAGGAUCAAGAUGACGGAUUUAAUAUAACAUCUCGACAAUUGUUAAUAAAAAUGGACCUUCCGUUUGAAUAUUAUGAAAGUCCGAUGUAUGAAUAUGUAUUUGUUUUACAAUUUCUUCAACUAUUAGCUACUGGAAUUAGCAUUGCUAUGUUAGAUGCUUUGAUAAUUACAUUGAUACUUCAUAUUGGCGGACAAAUAGAAAUGUUACACGAAGCUCUAGAAAAUAUUUCUAUCAAAGAUGAAAAACAUGGAUCAUUACGAAAUGUCAUUAAAUCUUUAACUGAUCAUCAUUACCGGAUUAUCCUUAAUUCGGAAUAUAUCGAAAAAUUAUUCUCGUAUAUUGCUUUGAUGCAAUUGUUAUGUAAUACAAUCGUCAUAUGUUGUAUAGGUUUCUUAAUAAUAGUUGCGGUUAAUUCAUACGGUGACAUAAAAAUACUUAUGAAAAUUUUGUUAUUUUAUAUCGCUAUCACGUUGGAGGCAUUUAUUUUUUCCUACGCUGGGGAAUAUCUUAGUAGUAAAAGCCUGUCAGUUAGCAGUUCAGCUUACAGCUCUUCUUGGUACUUAUUAGAACCUAGAAACAGACGUGUCGUGAUUCUUCUUAUGAUAAGAUCACAAAGAAGUUUAACGAUUACUGCUGGGAAAUUUAUGGAUUUGUCUAUGAUCGGCUUUGCAACUAUUCUAAAAGCUUCUGCAUCAUAUGUAUCGGUAUUGUAUGCGAUGUACUGAUUACAUAGGAGUUCAUCAUAAGGGAUAAAAUGAGUACAUAGUAUAUGUACCUACAUAUAUGUUAUAUAUUCAUAUAUAAUGGUAUAUAUAAUUAAAUAUAUAAAUAGACUGGAAUAUUAUUGCAAAUUUAUAAAUAACAAUGUAUUAUUUAAAUAAAUACUAUAUAAUGUAGG